CGGAGUCCAGUGUUUAGUCAACGAACGAAACGAAUACCGAACGGAUAUCGACUGGAAAGCCGAUCUAAAAAAUAUAAAUAAAAAUAAAAUUUAGGGGCCCAUUGGCAUACCAAGAGUAGUUAUUCAAAGCUGGCCCAUUAUCGCUCGGUUAUCGGAAAAAUAAACGACUUGCAAACGAAUCGCGAAAUUAAUUGGCGCAUGCUUGUCCAUCCGGCGCGAUCGUUCAGUUGGCCAACGGACGUACCGCUCACUGCAAGCGCACUCAACCCGAACCCAAUCUAUAUACAUAUAUAGCAUAUAGAAUCCGAUCCACACCCACCCACCACUCGAUCGAAAAGUUACAGCAAAAUGUAUACACCGCCGGUGCCAAGCAUCAAGAACUUUGGUUCCCUCAAAACGGCCGUACUCUGGGCCGGAAUCCUCGGAGUGGCCCAGUCUAUCACCUGGAUGGGUCUGACGAUAACCGCCAUUCUUGCCUACAAUUGUAUCCUCUACAUCACGGAUACCCUGAGCUUUGGGUCGAUGGUCAAGACGGUCUUCUUCGACGUCUAUUUCAAGGGUGACUGCAAAAUGAAGGUGGGCAGCUAUCAGAACUACGACACCACCAUCCUGGACUCUGUGCAGACUGUCUUUGAUCCGCAACAGCUAUUGAUCUGGGAUUGUGUCUACUUGGGUGUUUCCGUCUGCUGGCUCAUCGUUUCCUGCGUACUACUUGUCUGGGUACGCAAGGACAAUGUCAAGUCGACCUUGGCUGCCAUCUACACCUGGGCCUUCUUCGUGGCCGCCAUCUGCUGCAUGGACGUGGCCUCCGGGGUAAUCUUUGGUGUCGAUUAUGGACGCUUCAAUGCCGCGGCUCUGAAGGAAAAUGCCAACAGUAUUAACGACGGUCCAGUGGAACCAUUGGCAUCCACCUUGAUGGCGGGAGCCGUGUCUGCCAUUUCCAUGAUGAUCAUCUCCUUCAAGGGAUUCGUGCUGUGGCUCAUCAACGUCGGUAUGCUGGUCUACCUGCUGAUCAGAGCCACUCGCAUUGCCGCCGAUAAGGAUGGUGUGGAUACAUUGUUCAAUCCCCGCAAGGAUUCCAAUGAUAUGCUGACCACCAGGCCUCCCAUUCGAGCCUACGAGGAGGAGAAGGUGGAGAUCCAAGCGUACAACAAUGCCGCCUACGUGCCUGAUAACCGCUCCUCGGCCGAGACGAUAGAGGUGAACGAGGAGGCCAUCAUCCGGGCGGCGCACAUGUCGAUGGACUCCAAUCUGUUGGACCGACGCUUCCGGGACCUCAACACCUUCCAGCAGUAUCCGGCACCCAAUCCCCAGGCUAGCCGUCCGCUGCGCCAGUCUUCGCAGGUCCCUGUCCAGGAGACUGUGGUGGUGGCCACGUCGGGAUUCCCUGUGCCGGACUAUUCCCCCCAGCCCAGUCCCAAUGGCAUUCUUCGACAACACCAGUACUAGAUAGUUAUUAUCUGGCGCCCUCCAUAAGCCCCAACUCUUCCAUUAAUUUAAUUCUCAAAUAAUCCCCCAAGUGACAGCUAAAGUUUAGUUCAAAUUUUAUCAGUAUGUUGUGCUGUGCACUUUAUUAUUAUUUAUUCGCAUGUUAAUAACAAACUAAGAGUGCAGUUGUAAAUAUAUAUAAACAAUUGUUGUUUUGCACAGUA